AUGGACCCCGUCGCCACAUGGGGGCUAACCCCGCUCGCCGGCGCCGACCCGGAGAUCUACGACCUCCUGGAGCGCGAGAAGCGGCGCCAGCGUCGCGGCAUCGAGCUCAUCGCCUCCGAGAACUUCACCUCCUUCGCCGUCAUGGAGGCGCUCGGCUCUCCGCUCACCAACAAGUACUCUGAGGGCAUGCCCGGCGCCCGCUACUACGGCGGCAACGACGUCAUCGACGAGAUCGAGAACCUCUGCCGGUCACGCGCGCUCGCUGCCUUCCACCUCGACGCCGCGUCCUGGGGCGUCAACGUGCAGCCCUACUCGGGCUCCCCCGCCAACUUCGCCGCCUACACCGCGCUGCUCAACCCGCACGACCGGAUCAUGGGGCUCGACCUUCCCUCCGGCGGACACCUCACCCACGGGUACUACACGGCCGGCGGGAAGAAGAUCUCCGCCACCUCGAUCUACUUUGAGAGCCUGCCGUACAAGGUGAGCGCCACCACCGGGUACAUCGACUACGAGAAGCUUGAGGAGAAGGCUCUUGACUUCCGCCCCAAGCUCAUCAUCUGCGGUGGCAGCGCGUACCCGAGGGACUGGGACUACGCCAGGCUCAGGGCCGUCGCCGAUAAGGUCGGGGCCCUGCUGCUCUGCGACAUGGCGCACAUCAGCGGGCUCGUCGCGGCUCAGGAAGCUGCAAAUCCUUUUGAAUAUUGUGAUGUAGUUACCACUACCACACACAAGUCUCUCAGAGGGCCAAGGGCUGGCAUGAUCUUCUACAGGAAAGGCCCUAAGCCCCCGAAGAAGGGCCAGCCUGAGGGUGCUGUGUAUGAUUAUGAAGACAAGAUCAACUUUGCUGUGUUCCCAUCUCUCCAAGGUGGCCCUCACAACCACCAGAUUGCUGCACUUGCUGUUGCUCUGCAGCAAACUAUGACACCUGGCUUCAAGGUGUAUGCAAAGCAAGUGAAGGCCAAUGCUGUUGCAAUUGGAAACUAUCUCAUGAGCAAGGGCUACAAGAUGGUGACUGAUGGAACUGAGAACCACCUUGUUCUCUGGGAUCUCCGCCCUCUUGGCUUGACUGGAAACAAGGUUGAAAAGCUCUGUGACCUUUGCCACAUAACAUUGAACAAGAAUGCUGUCUUUGGUGACAGCAGUGCAUUGGCUCCGGGUGGUGUCCGCAUUGGUGCGCCAGCAAUGACCUCGAGGGGUCUAGUGGAGAAGGACUUUGAGCAGAUUGGAGAGUUCCUCCACCAGGCAGUGACCAUCUGCCUGAACAUCCAGAAGGAGUACGGCAAGCUCCUCAAGGACUUCAACAAGGGCCUGGUGAACAACAAGAACAUUGAGAACCUCAAGACCCAGGUGGAGAAGUUCGCCGACUCCUUCGACAUGCCUGGGUUCACGUUUGAGAGCAUGAAGUACAAGGAGUAG